GAGGACAUGGAAGCUAAUGGAAAUGCUAGCUGUCGGAGGAAUCAUGGGGUUCAUCUAUGGAACUGUGACGAUCUUCCAAUAUGGUGCGGGCCAGGCAGGGGUGAUGCGAACUCUGGGGAAAUACAUGGUUGGAUCUGGCGCAACCUUCAGUGUCUUUAUGGGAAUCGGCAGCCUCAUUCGCUCAGAUUCACCCCAAAUGGCCUCGUCAGCAUGGGCACGAUCACAUUAUCCUCCCCUCGUUCAUCCACGGCGCGACCGCCUCCAGAGUCAGCGAUGAUCCCAACA